AUGGGCAAGCGACUCGACAGCCUCUCGAACGAGGAGAAGGUCGCAAUCCUGGCACACACCCGGCCACAAGGAUCCGCCGAAUCGCGCUACUGUCGCACUGGGAACGCCACACUCUCCACACCCUUCCCAUCCCUGAAAACAGGCGCUCGUCGGAGGGAGCCGCCGAAUCCAUUUGACUGUUCGCCCCUCGUCAAGCUGCUCAAGCACGCGGCGAGUAACCUUGGCGCUGGCGUGCUCCGCUGCCUCUUUGCUUACUCCGCCUUCAAGGGCGCUGCCCCCGGCCCUCUAUCGCAGCAGGUCUGCAUCGGCCCGAGGAUGGUGUCGGUGCUCGAGGCUUCCGGCACCUACGCCACACGGCUGUGGCAUUGCUCGAUUGUGCUCGCGCGGCUGCUGGCAUCCAACUGCGAGGCGUUCGAUGGGACGCGCGUGGUCGAGCUCGGCGCCGGGACGGGUCUUUGCUCGCUCGCACUGGCUGCGACUUCCAGCGCCUCGAUCGUCGCCACUGACUCGGAUGAGGCGGGGCUGGCGCUACUCCAGCAAUCGGCGGACGGGCAAGGUCUGCGGCUCGCCACAGCCGUCCUUGAUGUGUGUGGCGACGAUUCUCUGCCCGAGGCCGCGUGGCUCGUCGCCUCGGACGUGCUGUAUACGCCUCAGUUGGCUCAAGCGGUCGCGCGGCGUUGCAUCGAGAUGGUGAGGCGCGGAGGUCGCGCCAUCGUGGCGGACCCGGGCAGGCCGGCCAGACCCUACUUCGUGGCGGCCCUCGAGCAGGCGGGGAUGCCCUCCUCGUUCCGGCUUCCGUCUCAGUGUUUCGCUGGUGGCGACGCCAGGCUGCUUCUCGUGCAUAUUGAGGGAGAGAAGUCAGUCUCAGCAUUCCCGGCCUUUGCUGAGCUUGAGGGGUAG